UCGUUUCGCUCUCACGUAGAGAAGAAAAGCCCACCGAUCAACCCAGCGAAACCAGCGGCCCAGAUUUCAUCUCAUCGCCAUCACCGGCCCAGAUUCGGCGAUGUGUUCAAAGCCCAUCCCCAUCCUUCUCUCUCCUUCCGCUCGCUGUUACUGCUGCUUCUUACUUCAGAGGACUCCCCUCCAUUUUCAAACUAUGCGCAGAUCUCUCAACCCCCUCCUUCAACUGUCCUCUACCCCCCUCCGCCAUUGCCAAUCUCUAAGCUUUGGGUCUCUCCACAGUUCGAGCAGGAUCGAGGGGUUCUUGAAGUCGAGGGGUGGAGCUUUUCAUCGCCUGGAGUUUUCUUGUGCUUACAGGUCCAAAGGUUUGAGGAUGUCUUAUAACGGGUCGGAUUCGAGCUCCGCGCCCUCGGUUGUGGCACGUAAACCGAGCAUUAGCUUCUGCCAAUCUUGCGGAGGCCAAACAAAGCAAGUUAUACCGGAUGGAGAGGAGAGGACGAGAGCAGUUUGCACUAUCUGUGGGAAAAUACACUAUGAAAACCCUAAGAUGGUUGUUGGCUGCCUAGUUGAGCAUAACGGCAAGGUGCUUCUUUGCAAACGGAAGAUUCAACCAUCUUAUGGGUUUUGGACUCUACCUGCUGGUUUUAUGGAAAUUGGGGAGUCUGCUUUGGAAGGGGCAAGCAGGGAAACCUUGGAGGAAGCAUGUGCCGAAGUUGAAGGACUUUCACCAUUUGCUCAGAUUGAUAUUCCUCGUAUUGGCCAAGUUUAUCUCAUUUUCCGAGCAAAAUUGAAAACGCCCAAUUUUUCACCUGGUUCUGAGUCGCUGGAGUGUCAACUCUUUAGCCCAGAGGAUAUACCAUUUGAUUCUCUAGCAUUUUCAUCGAUUAUUGUUACUCUCAGAAUGUAUGUUGAAGAUAUCAAAGCUGGAAACCUGAAGUUUCAUUACUGUACUAUAAACAAGAGGCGAGGUGCAAGUAUGACGGAUCCCAAUGGCUUCGACGUUGAUUACCUUUCACCUUCAUGAAGUCGUUCAGCUGCAUGUGCAUCACCAUGCAAGUUAAGGGAUGCAGAUCUUUGUUGAUACAUUGCUUAGCAAAGGGUUUUCUCUGUAUCUGAGUGACUUCAUCAUCAAGAUUUGGAUCAAUGCAUAAAGCUUCUGUCAUCUGUGGCUCUCUAGCUUUUUGCCAAGAUCAAGUGUAGCGCUUAUAAAUGUAAGCCAUCCAAAGUCUUGCAAAAAUUCUUUCCUGUGAGCAAAUUGUAUAAUCUUUUUCUAUUUUUCCUCCCUAUUUUCCUUUGUAAAAAUGAUGAAUCUCAUUCUUUCUGUUGUAUCUAACAGAUAUAGACAUAAAUGGGUUUUUUUUUUCAUGUUGUAAUAUCUACUUUUAUUAUA